GACGAUUCGGAUGUAGAUGAAAGCCGUACGGUGUCAAUAUUUAUCGACCGCAUCUAUCUUCCAGAAUUUUCUCGUCUAUUGCACCCCAGCUUCGAUGACGUUAAAGUUUACGUAGACUGGUUCUUUUUGGAUUAUCCACAGGAAGAAUCAAGAACCCCAGAUGCUAUCACACUUCCUCGCGUUCCAGACAGCCCUGGAGUGUUUGCCUACAAAAAAGAAUUUCAACUAUCCAAGCGGCGUGUGGCCUUACUUGAGCAAUGGCUUGAACUGGGCAAUCGCCUCGAUUUCACUUUGAUAACUGAAGGGGAGGAUAGCGAGGAACUGGCAGUAGCACAGCUGGAACUCGGUCGUACUGCCACUGACGAAACUGUAACUAUUCAAUUUCUGGACAUAAAUGGAGAACAUUAUGCGGAUUUGGACCUCGUCGUUUCCUAUCCAUCGCAAAUAUUUGACUGCCUGAAGACCUGA